AUGAAGACAGAUAAUCAAUCUCGGCCAUUAUGGGUGGCACCAAAUGGAAGCAUAUUCCUGGAAUCGUUUUCCCCUGUUCACAAACAUGCACAAGACUUCCUCAUUGCUAUAGCUGAGCCUGUAUCUAGACCAGAAUUUGUGCACGAAUACAAAUUGACAGCAUAUUCCUUAUAUGCUGCAGUGUCUGUUGGCUUACAAACCAAUGUCAUCAUUGAGUACCUCACAAAACUCUGCAAAACCAACAUCCCUAAUAGUGUUAUUGAAUUCAUCAAGUCAUGUACAGACAGCUAUGGGAAGGUCAAACUAGUUUUGAAGCACAACAAAUACUUCAUUGAAUCCCAAUACCCGGAUGUCAUUCAGAAGUUAUUGAAGGAUCCGGUGAUACAACAGUGCCGUUAUGUUCCAGUGGAUAAUGAAAAGGCUGAUGGGAAUGGGAAUGUAAAUUUUGGCAGUGGUAACAUGGACGCAAAAACUAACAGUGAGGCAGUCAAAGUACCCGAUGAUCUGACAGAAUUUUAUAAAAAGAUGGACCUUGACGACGAAGAUGACGAGAAUGUGCUACAGGUUGUUUCAUUUGAAGUCAUUACAGGCUGCCUGGAGAAGCUGCAAAAGAGAUGUAUUGAUCUGGACUACCCACUUCUUUCUGAAUAUGAUUUCAAAAAUGAUUCCGCCAACACAGAUGUGAAAAUUGACUUGAGGUCGAACACAGUCCUGAGACCGUACCAGGAGAAAAGUCUGCGGAAGAUGUUUGGCAAUGGAAGAGCCAGGUCGGGAGUUAUCGUCCUCCCAUGUGGGGCUGGCAAGACGUUGGUUGGUGUGACAGCAGCAUGCACAAUAAAGAAAAGAUGUAUGGUUCUGUGUACAUCUGCUGUUGCUGUAGAACAAUGGAAGUCGCAGUUCAAGUUGUGGUCAACUGCUGAUGAUAGCAUGGUCUGCAGGUUCACCUCAGAUGCUAAAGACCGGCCAAUGGGAUGCUCCAUCUUCAUAAGCACUUACUCAAUGAUCACCUACUCCAGUAAAAGGUCCUAUGAAGCUGAAAAGGUGAUGGAGUGGGUGAACAGUGUCGAGUGGGGACUGAUGCUGCUUGAUGAGGUGCAAUUUGUGCCGGCCAAGAUGUUCAGGAAGGUCAUCUCGACGGUGAGGGCGCAUUGCAAGUUGGGACUGACUGCUACACUCGUCAGAGAGGAUGAUAAAAUCUGUGACUUGAACUUCCUCAUUGGGCCAAAACUCUAUGAAGCAAACUGGCUUGAACUGCAGAAGAAGGGUUUUAUAGCCAACGUCUAUUGCUGCGAGGUUUGGUGCGACAUGACUGCAGAAUUUUAUAAAGAAUAUUUGAAUUCGUCAGCCAAAAGGGGAAUGUUGCUGUACGUGACGAAUCCGAACAAGUUUCUAACGUGCGAAUACCUCAUCAGGUACCACGAACGAAGAAACGACAAAAUAAUUGUCUUUGCUGAUAAUUUGUUUGCCCUGAAGACUUACGCCACUAAAUUCCAAAAACCCUUCCUCUGCGGUAAAACAUCAACGGAGGAAAGAAUGAGAGUUUUGUCCAACUUUCAGAGGAAUCCUCAAGUCAACACGAUUUUCGUUUCCAAGAUAGCAGACAAUUCUUUUGAUCUCCCCGAAGCCAACGUCCUCAUCCAGAUUUCGUCGCAGGGCGGUUCGAGAAGGCAGGAGGCACAACGUCUCGGAAGAAUUCUUAGAGCAAAAAAAGGAGCAGUAGCUGAAGAGUACAAUGCAUUCUUUUAUUCGCUGGUCUCAAGAGACACAACAGAAAUGUAUUACGCGACCAAGAGGCAAAGAUUUCUUGUAAAUCAAGGUUACAGUUAUAAAGUUGUCACGAAGCUUGCGGGCAUGGAUCAGGAGGAUCUAACUCUGUCGACAAGAGAGAAGCAAUUAUCGUUGCUGGCCGAUGUGCUGGCUGCCGACGACGCCGAGAUCGAUGAGGAGGAAAAGUUCGAUGAUUCUAACAGUUUGGAAGGCACAAAUUUCGUCGUAAAAAGUGGCGUUCAAAGAAGGGUCGGGAAUAUGAAUUCCAUGUCAGGAGCCGAUGACGCGGUCUACUCGGAGUACAAAAAUUUGUGCAAGAAAACUCCGUCAACGUCAUCAUCACAACAUCCCCUCUUCAAAAGAUUCAGGAAGUGUUAA